UUUUGGCCGUUCCUUUUGUAAAGCCCGGUUCCGUCAGUAUCCCGUCAUCCUCAGCGGCGGGGAGCAGACGAGUGGGGCGGAGCUAGAGCGGCUAGAGCCGGAUGAUGUCGGAGAAGAAGCAGCCGGUAGAUCUGGGGCUUCUGGAGGAGGACGACGAGUUCGAGGAGUUUCCGGCCGAAGACUGGGCUGGUUUAGAUGAAGAUGAAGAUGCACAUGUGUGGGAAGACAACUGGGAUGAUGACAAUGUGGAAGAUGAUUUCUCCAAUCAGUUAAGGGCAGAACUAGAAAAGAUGGCAACAAGAUGGAAAACUCAUAGCUUCCAGUGAUGUUGCCAUGUGAGAUUGGACUGUAAAGUGAAUGCAAAGAUGUGGAAUGGC